CCGUUUUUGCCUCCAGUUGGAAGGGAAGAUGGCCCAUGUGCAAGCUAAGCUGGGGGUGAACCGUGUCUCUGCUCUCCAGGAAAACACUGAGGGGGUUAAAAAAAAAAAAUCCUUUGAGCCCAGCCCGGGGCUGCAGCCCGGUAGUUUAAGAAAAACCUCUUUUAUUCGCCCCAGUCGUUUGGACGGAAGCCCAGGUUCAUGUCCCGUCCCAGCUCCUCCCCAAGGAGGGAUCCCCCUUGAAAAGCUUUUGAAAGGGACUGGACAAGGACGCUGCAACAGCAGGCUCAGGGCUGCGGUACCAGAGGGCGGCCAGCAUUUCGCUCCCAUGGACCAUGGCAACCCCAGAAGUUUCGCAGCUCCCCGGCAGAAAUCUGCAGCUGUUGGGAGCCCGGGGGUUUUGCAGCGCCUCCUUGGUGUUGGAAGGGGCCACAGGCUUCCUCUUCCUUCCCGGUAGGAGAAAACAUUCCGGAGGGUGACCUCCCUUGUUGACCUCCAUUCAAAACAUCCUUGUGUCUGGACAAGCAACAGAGCUCAGGAAGGGAACUCCACUGGAAAGGCACGAAGUUCCGAACAAAGUGAAUUUACCUGCAGACCCUCCUGUCUAUUUUAAGCCUUAAAUCACCAUAAAUAAAAUAAAUGAAUGAAUAAAUAAAUAAUCUGUUACCUGAUUCCACCUGGGCCUGAUACGCAAGCUCCAAGGUCAAGAGGUGAUAGUACCCUUGGAAUCCGGGAUUCAUUCCUACUCAGAAAGGCAGUCCAGACCCCCUCACCUGAAUACCAUUCAGCUCUUAAAGCAUCUCCAGUAGUCAUAGAUCCCAUGGAUUGGAGCAAUAAGCCCUGUCAAUGAUGGAAUCAAUAUACACUUCCGGGUUUUGCUUUAUGUUUUGUGUUGAGGCCACUUUUUAAAAAUUAUAUAUUUCUUUUGUUGUUGUUGUUGUUUUGUUUUUUGAGACAGGGUUUUUCUGUGUAGUUUUGGUGCCUGUCCUGGAGCUCGCUCUGUAGACUCAGACUGGCCUCGAACUCACAGAGAUCCACCUCACUCUGCCUCCCAAGUGCUGGGAUUAAAGGCCUGCGCCACUGCAGCCCAGUUUAUUUACUUUUGAUUCUGUCUUCCUGGCUGUCCUGGAACUCACUAUAGCGACAAGAUUAAAGGCAUGCCCUUCUGCACCUGGCAAGCCUAUGAUUGUGUUGGUGUUGGGGUUUACUUUGUUUACUGAGACAGGGUCUCACUAUGUAGCCCUGGCUGAUCUGGAACUCAUCACGUAGACCAGGCUGGCCUCCAAUUCACAGAGAUCUGCCUGCCUCUACCUGGUGAGUGCUGGGGUUAAAGGCAUGUGCCACCAUCCUUGGAUGUUAGAGUUUGGUUUUUUGUUUUAAUAUUUACUAUUAUUGUGUGUGGUAUGGGUAGAGGAGAGACAUGCAAGUCUUGUUCCACCUUUACACAGACUCCAGGACUUGAACUCAUUUCUCCAGGCUUGCUAGGCAACACCUGGGAGCCAUCUUGCUGGCCCCUGUAGAGCCUAUAUUUAUUAUUGCAUUUUUUGUUUUUUCUCUUUUUUGAAGAACUCAUUAAACUGACCACAGUGGUAUAUGUCUAUUAAUCCCAAUAUUUGGGAGGUGGAGGCAAGAUCAGAAGUCCACUGUCAUCCUCUGCGGCCAGCCUGAGCUACUGAUACCCUCUCUAGAAAAGGAAAAAAUCCAGUGUGUUGAUGCAAGCCUUUCGUCCCAACACUUGGGAGGCAGAGGCAGGCAGAUCUCUGAGUUUGAAGUCAUCAUAGUCUGGACCAGUGAGAUAAAGGUACCUACCACCAAGCCAGAAAAUCUAAGUUCAAUCCCUGGGACCCGCAUGGUAGAAAAUGAGUACCAGCUUCCGGUCGCUGCCCUCCUCUGACUUCUACAUGAACCCUGUGGCACAUGCAUGGCCCUCCCGUACAGGUAAACACACAAAAUAAAAUAUCACUAAAAAAUUAUUUUUCAAGCUUUGUCUGCUGCGGAGCUGCUUGAGUCCGGGUGACUCGACGCGCUUCGGCGGUUUGUGGUUUCAUCACACUCGUGAACAGGUCAAAAUGCAAAUCUUUGUGAAGACCCUGACCCGCCAGACCAUCACCCUGGAGGUCGAGCCCAGUGACACCAUCGAGAAUGUCAAGGCCAAGAUCCAGGACAAAGAGGGCAUCCCCCCUGACCAGCAGAGGCUGAUCUUUGCAGGCAAGCAGCUGGAAGAUGGCCACACUCUUUCUGACUACGACAUCCAGAAAGAGUCCACCCUGCACCUGGUCCUCCGUCUGAGGGGUGGCUAUUAAUUCUUCAGUCUGCAUUCCCAGUGGACAAUGAUGGCCUUACUCUGCACUAUAGCCAUUUGCACCAAUUUAAGUUUAGAAAUUACAAGUUUCAGUAAUAGCUGAACCUCUGUUAAAAAUGUUAAUAAAGGGGCCGGGCGGUGGUGGCGCACGCCUUUAAUCCCAGCACUCGGGAGGCAGAGCCAGGUGGAUCUCUGAGUUCGAGGCCAGCCUGGACUACCAAGUGAGUUCCAGGAAAGGCGCAAAGCUACACAGAGAAACCCUGUCUCGAAAAACCAA